AUUAUUGGUAUAAUUAAUGAUAUUUAUAUGUUUAUUUAUAAAAACUAAUGUUGCAAAAAUACGUUAGACAUUGUGAUUUUUAAUUUUUAGUAAUAUAUUUUUUAUUAAUUUUGUUAAAUUAAAAUUUUGUCCAUUUGUAUCAGUACGUUAUACCUAAAUUUUACAUGCGAAUAGUAUGAAGCCUUUUUUUUUCGAAUAACUAGAAAGAGAAAAGCUUUCAUCGUUAUUCUGUUUGAUUGUUAUAUAUAUAUGUAUAUAUUUUUUUAUUUAUGAACCCAUUUGUAUGUUCAUCAUUCGAGGCGAAGUUGUCUUGUUGUAAAAGCAUUUGUACGAAUGUUUCAGUAGGACAUUCUUGACGAACCCCGCCUUCGUCGCCACCCCAUUACGAAAUAUACGAUAAAUAUACAUGUACAUAUAUACAUGUAUAUAUGUAGCCAUAUAUAUAACCAUAUAUGUACUACGAAUGUACGAAUAAUCCAUAGAUUUAUUUUACCUUUUUAAGAUAAAAUAAAAAAUAAUGAAAAAGGAAUAACGUAAUUGUAGCGUCACAUUCUAUGGUUGAUAAUUUAACAAUCAAUUUAACAUACUGUGUCUACUGAUAAUAUGAUUACGUUAAAGGACUACCCGAAGAAAGAAACAAGUAGUUACUUCCUUUUUAAAAAAACUCUUAUUCUUUCUCUUUUCCUCUGGAUAUGUCAGAAUUGCAACAAUGAGGGAACCAGUAGUAAAACAUUGGGUACGGGGCACAGCAUAGACACCCUUCUGGAUCUAAGGUAUAAUCGAUUGUUAGCUAGACACGAACUGAUUAGUACAGUAGAUGAGGAAAAUAUAAAAGAACAGCUAGGCUAUAAUACACAGAGAAAAAGUGUUUAUCUAAAAAGUGGAAAUAAGUUAGAGAACGAAGCAGCAAAAAGGGGCAAGGUAAAAAGUGGGAAUUCACCAAAGAGUGAAAAUGUAAAAGGUUUGAAUUUAAAAUUUGGGGGUGAAUUAAAAAGGGAAGAAGGAAGAAACGGUAACCUAAAAAUUAAAAGUGAAUUAAAAAAGGAAGAAGAAAAAAACGGCAACCUAAAAAUUAAAAGUGAAUUAAAAAAGGAAGAAGAGAAAAACGGUAACCUAAAAAUUAAAAGUGAAUUAAAAAGUGGAAGUAAAAUAAAGAAGGAAGAAAAAGAAAAAAACAAGGGUAAGAAAAGCGAUAAUGAAUCGACUGAAGAAGUGGAGGCAAAAAGUGAUGGCCAGAGAAGCGAACAUGAAUUGACUGAAGAAGAGGCAGAAGAGGAAGUGGAGGCAGAAAGUGAUGCCCAGAGAAGCGAACAUGAAUUGACUGAAGCAGAGACGGAAUGUGAUGAUGGGAUAGAUGAUAAUGAAAUGACUGAAGAAGUGGAAGGAGAAGAGGAUGACCAAAACGGUGAUGACUCACUAACUGUAGAAGAAGUAGAAGAAGUGGAAGGAGAAAAUGAUGACGAAACAGGUGAGGAUGAUUUAAUUUACGAAGUUAAUGAAGGAAAUGAUGAUGAAGAAUGUGAGUGUGAAGAGCCAAAAAAUAGUGUCCUAAAUGUUGAGGUUUUUUUAGAGAAAAAAGAAGAAAAAAAAGGAAAAGUAAAAAUAGAGCUUACACUAGAGAAAGUUCUGGAAGAUGAAGAUGAGUUGUUAUACAACGACGAUUACUUUAUACGAAAAGAAGGUAUAGAUUAUUUUGACGGAGAAGGAGAUGGUGCUGAAUUAGGGGAUUUAGAGCAAUACUUUACUCUAGAUUUUGAUGAUGAUUUAAAACUUGAUCAAGAUGAAAAAGAAGAUAAAAACCGUAAGUCAACAUAUACUAGAGAAAAAAGAGAAAAUCAAUUUAUCCUUGUUUUGAAAGAAUUUAGAAAGUUAUUGGCAUUAUUAAAUAUUAUAGGUGUGAUUAUAGGUACAGUGACUAGGAAAAUAGAUCAGCUUGUUGAGAAACUAAUGUUCAAAGCGUAUGCUAGGGUAGACGAAUAUAAGAAGGAUCCAACCAUUAGUAAAAAUAAAUUUAAGCUGAUAAAUUUUACAUAUAAAGCUUUCUUCUUUAUAAUACCUAUUAUGGUUUUUAUAGUAGGAAUAGUUGUUACACAGGUGGUUAGUGGAGCAGGUGCAUAUGGUUCUGGUAUAUUUAUCAGUAUGGGUAUCUCAUUUUUUAUACGAAAUAUAAAGAGAGCGAUAAAAUAUCAAUUUAAGAGACAAGGAAUUGAAAAGCCCGGUAUUGAGGAUUAUAUAAAUCUCUUGGAAAAGUUUUUAAUGAAAUUUGAAAAACAGGAGGAAAAUCCCGAAGGGGAAAAUGCUGAUGGGGAAAAAUCUGAUGGGGAAAAAUCUGAAGGGGAAAAAUCUGAAGGGGAAAAAUCUGAAGGGGAAAAAUCUGAAGGGGACAAAUCUGAAGGGGACAAAUCUGAAGAGAAAAAAUCUGAAGGGGGCAAAUCUGAAGAGAAAAAUUCUGAAGGGGAAAAAUUUGAAGAGAAAAAAUUUGAAGAGAAAAAAUCUGAAGAGAAAAAAAAAAAAUGA